AUGCACGUCCAAGGGAGCCCUCUCGUGCACGUCUUUCAGGCGGUGAGGGAGCUGUAUGAGGUGGUGCCAGCGCUGCCAUGGCCGCCCGGGAGGAGCGGCCUUAACCGAGACUACCUGGGCGAUGCGGCGACAGUGGACAUGGCGUACAACGCGCUGCUGGACCAUGCCAUGGUCGAGAAGGGGCGCAGUCCCCAUGUGAUCAUGAAGGUUGUGGCUCUGCUCAAGAAGUACCUCUUCCGCUACGGCCCAGCAAUAUCGACGUUGGAGCACAUAGACGGCUUCUGUGCGGACGUGAUAGCGGAGCUCAAGGCAGCGCAAGCGGCCCGCCACCGCCUCGGCAACGCUGCCGCUGCUGCCGCCGGCGCCGACGGCCCAACAGCCGAGUCGGGCCCCGCACUGAUCAAAUCCCUGCUCUACGGGGUGGGCUCCCUCGGCAAUCGCCAGCUAUGUGUGCGUGAGAGAGCAUACCCCCCACCACGCGCCCCAAGCGACCUACCCCACCUGGAACCUUUACGCACAGUGGCGGACGGCAGUGCGGCAGCAGUGCUGCUGGGCGUGAACGUGGUGCAGCUGGAGGCGGAGGGCAGCCCCGACCUGCUGCACUUCGAUACUGUCACUGGCACUGUGGACCCCGUGCUCGUGCGCAACCACAUCCGCCAUAUCACCAUCACCAAGCGCCUUAAAGCCGACCCCACGGGCGCGGCGGGAGACGGGUUGCAGAGCUCCAUGAAGCGCCGCCGCCCGCUCUUCCAAUACCGCUACUACAGCGAGCAGCAGCCUCUACGGCUGAGCGAGGGCGAGAUGGAGGAGGUGAUGGCAGCCGUGUGCUCCGUGGCGGCCACAGCAGCAGCAGGGGGCGCGGGGGGUGCAGGCGCACAUGGGUCGGCGCGCCUCUCGUCCCCCGCUCACCACAUGGUGCCGCAGGUGGACGCUGCUGACGUGGCGGCGUCCGUGCUGAUCAAGAUGCUCAUCGACAUGUACCUUGUGGACCCUCGCUCUGCAGCGCCCCUCGCGCUCUCCAUGAUGCAUGCGCUUCUCUCGUCCAGCAAGCCAACAGUGCGAGUGCGGGCGUUCGACCUCAUGCUCAACCUCGGCGUGCACGCGCACCUGCUGCACCCGCUACCUGUGGAGGACGAGGCGGGGCAGCCCUACUCCUCCGACGCCGAUGCCGCCGAGGCGGAGCGAGGAGCCGUGCGCAGGGCGGCAGCAGUGACCAUGUUUGAGGAGUGGCUGCUCGGGCUGCUCUGCCACAUGGCGCUUUACCUCGUGCAGGUGGAGGAGAGUGACGAGAGUGUAUGGGCAGCAGCACUGAGCUGUGUGCUCUACCUCACGUGCGACCGCGGCAGGACGGUUUUCCACCGCCUCGCCCUCUUGGAUGUGCGGGUGCUAGCAUCGCUAUUGGAGAUCAGCAUAGUGCACGGGUGGGCGCAGGCAGUCCACACGCACCUCGUGCGCAUGCUCGCCUGCCUGCUCUACGCAGCACCGCACCACACCGCACAGCACCCACCAGGGCGCGGAUUUGAGGCAGCACGGGACGGGUUGCGCUUGGACUUGAAGCAGCUGGAGCGUGUGGGGGGCAUCUCCUUCAUUUGCUGCCACUACGCGGCAUCACAGGAGGUGGAGGCUCGGCGCAACCUGUUUGCAGUGGUGAUGGACUAUGUGGCACUGCUGUGCCGCCUGCACGCACACCCACACCACCCCGACAACCCUCCUCCCUCCGAGGCGGAGCUAGCAGCAGUGGUAGCAGCACUGGUAGCAGCGGGGGCGCCGGAGGCGCUGGUGGUGGCGCUCAAGGCGCCCUCGCCCCCUGCAGGCCCUAUCGGCGCUGCCCUCGCGCGCACCAUCGCUGCCCCCCUCCCCCCCGACACCUCCGCUGCCGGCUUCUCCCUGCAGGCGCUGCACCUAGUGACAGACACACUGGACGACCUGAUAUCAGCGCACCUGCGCCUACCCCCUGAAUUCACCGCCAUGCUGCAAUGCACCCUCGCCAGCGACGGCCCUCCUCCCGACCCCCCCCCCUCCUCCACCGCUGCUGCUGCCGCUGCUGGGGCGCCUGCGGAUGAGGCGGAGGUGGGGAGGGAGCGGCGCGCGUGGGGCACGCUGCGCGCGCUGCUGCACUCGCAGCGGGCAGUGGACCGGCGCAAUGGGCUCACGUGGCUGCUGCACCUGCUGCUGCAGCAGCUGCCCAACCUCGCUCCCUACCAGCAGCCCCUGCUCUCAGACCCACAGGACGGGCAGCAGCAGCAGCACGCGCAGGCGCAGCAGCACAAGGGGGGACGGGUGCGAUCAGACAACACGGCCGUGCGGCGAGGGUUUGUGACGGUACUAGAGCAGCUGCUGCUGCUACACGCCGCAGAGACCGAGCAGGAGUCGAGAGAAAGCCGCGGCGCGGCACACGCCGCUGCAGCAGCGGCAGCAGAAGCUCCCGAGGGGCCCAUGGGAAUGGAGGAGCGGCGGGCAGCGGACGAAGCCGCAGCGUCCGCGACUGCAGUUCAGCACCAAGGCGCACAGGACCUACUAGCCGUAAUGAGCAGUGCGCUGUGGCAAGUAAUGUCGUGUAACGACAGCGACCGAGUGAACAUCCUCCAGAUGUGCUCCGUGAUGCUCUGGCAGCUCUGCGUGCCCCGCUUCCUCCCCACUGCCCAAGUCGUAGAGCCCGGCAGCCCUGUCCCCAGCCCAGGAGGCAGCAGUUGGCUGGUAAACCCGCGAGUGGCAGCAGUAGCGGGAGGGGAAGGUGGCGGUGCGAUGAGCCCUCCGUAUGCGGCCGAAGAGAGCGAAUCCAUGGCUCGGCUCUUCCUGCUGCGCAGGGCAGCAGCAGCGAGGGAGCUGCUAGCAGCGCUGCCGACGGCGCUGCUGUACUGGCCGCUGAUGCAGCUGGCGCCCAGUGCGGGGGAUCCCAUAGCGCUGGCCACGGCGGUGGGGAGUCACGGGAUUGUGGGUGCGGGAGGCGCGGUGGACGUGCGAGUGGCGCUGCUGCUGUUGCUCAUUGGCAAGUGCAGUGAUAGCAGUGAGGCGCUGGAGGAGGUUGGAGGAGAUGCCUUCUUCCGCUCGCUGCUUGAUGAUCCCGAUGCCCGCAUUGCCUAUUGGAGUGCUGCCUUCCUCGUCAAGCGCAUGAUGUCUCAGCAACCUGAUGUGUACCGCCGCGCCCUGCACCGUCUUAUUUUCACAGCGCAGCAGACCAACAACGAGAAGCUGCUAGAGAAUCCGUACCUGCAGAUGCGAGGCAUAUUGCAAGACACCCCCGAUGCACUGCACCUCACCUCCUGA